AUGUGGUUCAAAUCCCAAAGGAGCACUAAACGACAACCCAAUUUGGCAGAACCCAGUGAGUUCCCCGACAAAUCUCAGACCCUGCAGAUUCCGCCACGUGGACGAAAUGGAGAUAAUUUCAUCACCGACUCGGAACGGAGCGAAAUCGAGCAGCUGGCGGAAGCAGCUCCACCGCUGAAGAGGAAGCGGAACCUUCCUGGAAUGCCUGAUCCGGAUUCGGAGGUGAUCGCGUUGUCGCCGAAGACGCUGCUGGCGACGAAUAGAUUCGUGUGCGAGAUCUGCAGCAAAGGCUUCCAGCGCGACCAGAAUCUGCAGCUGCACCGGCGCGGCCACAACCUGCCGUGGAAGCUGAGGCAGCGCACGAGCAAGGAGGUGCGGAAGCGCGUGUACGUGUGCGGAGACGACUGCGUCCACCACGAGCCGACGAGGGCGCUCGGCGACCUCACCGGGAUAAAAAAGCACUUCUGCCGGAAACACGGCGAGAAGAAGUACAAAUGCGAGCGCUGCUCCAAGAAAUACGCCGUCCAGUCCGAUUGCAAGGCGCACAUGAAAACUUGCGGUUCGGGAAUACGUUGCGACUGCGGCACUUUGUUUUCGAGGAGGGAUAGUUUUAUCACGCAUAGGGCGUUUUGCGAUGCGUUGGCGCAGGAGAUUAGCCGUCCGCAGCGACAUAAAGGCGGCGGAGAUGUUGAGCCCUCGCCACCGCCUCCUGCUGCUUCCAGUCCGCCGCAACCGCCGCUGACUCCGUCUACUCGAGUGCUGUCUCCGGUGCUGUCCAUACAAAGUUCCGCUGGAUUGCCGGAGAAUCAUCAGACAAUCCACUUACAACCACCGCCAUCCACCGCCCCGGCCGUCCCAAGCAGCUCAUCCGCCUCGAGCAGCCACAUUCCCCAAACGGAGGCGUUAUGCCUAUUAUGCUAA